AGAAUUCUUGUGUGCAGUUUUCCUUUGCUUCAGAUAGAAGUAAACCAAUUUUCUAUUUGUCCCAUGUGAUUGGGCUUCAUUUACAAAUCUAUGCAAUUACCAAAUGUCCCACAAAACUCACCCAACAUUUUUCUUUUUGCUUUUUCUCUUCACCUUCAAGUAGCUUAUUAUUUCUCUUCUCUUCCUGUUUCUCAGGCCACCUCUCUAUUUUACUCAUGCUCCCUCCUUCCUUUUAUCUAAACAGUAGCAUACAACUUUUCUCUGCAGCCUGCUCUGCUCCAUUUCAGAGAAGAGCAGAGCAUGCUUCCUCUGUAGGAUCCUUGGAUUUUUCUAGAUACACUUUCAUCCUCAGACCUCCAAAAAAGCUGCAGUGAUCUCUUGUCUUGUCCUGUCUGUUUUUUCUUCGAAACUCUGACGUCCAAUUUUCUGUAUCUCUCUUUUUUGACUUCCUGGUCCAACCAUACAAUAUUGUCAAUGUUCAACAUCAUGUGUUCUUCUCAUAGCCACCGUCUUUGAAUCUUUCUCUUUUUUUCGUUACCUUUUUUUUUCUCUCUUCUCUUACAACAUCUGCUCUCAUUCUUGAAUUUUGUUUCCCCUUAACAUCCACUCUUUGCUCCUAAAAUCGCUCUCUUUGAUUCCAUUGUCUUUGACAUGUUAGUAAGAAUCUGAAACCGAGGUAACCAAUAUGUGCUCGGAAACAAGCCCUCGAAUAUCAUUCUCUAAUGGUCUUGGACAUGACAGAGAAAUUGAGCAAGUGUCAAGAAGGGACAUAAAAUUAUUGGACUCAAAUUCUGAUUUUGAGUUCAGUAUUUGCAGUAGUUUAGGCCAUGAAUCGUCUCCGGCAGACGAGCUUUUCGCAGAUGGCAUGAUCCUGCCAGUUCAAAUUCCAGAAAGAAUUACUGCCUCAAAGCAAAUACAUAAAUAUGAAUCUCCACGAAAAGAUUCCCUUCCUCCUCUUCCAUUUCCUUCUACUAAUGGCAAUUUAACUAAAGAUAGCAUGAGGGAAUUGAUGGUUGUGAAUUCUGAUCAGUUGAAGGAAAAGCCUCAGUCCAAGUCUUUCUGGGGAUUCAAGAGAAGUAGUAGUCUCAACAGUGAUAUCAAGAGAAGCCUUUGCUCAUUACCACUUUUAUCACGGAGCAGCUCAACUGGUUCUGUGCCAUAUGCAAAGAGAACAACAUUGAAGGAUAUGCGCAAGAACAAUUCACAGAAGCAACAAUCAGCUGUCAUGGCAAAGUCAGAACCAUAUCCAUCAUCAUCGUCUUCGGAGUCUAGUUUUGUUUAUUCAUUACCACAAAAGCCUCCAUUGAAGAAGGCAGGGUCUUAUGGUAAGAUUAGUCCUGUGUUUAAUUUGCCACCACCUUACAUUUACAAAGGAACUGCAAAUCUUUUUGGUUUGGGAUCCUUUUUGCGCAAUGGAAAGGAGAAGAAGAGCAGAAAGUGAUUAUUUUUACCCUUCAACUAAUGAUAUGAUGUUAUCUUCUAAAUUAUAAUUCGGGGGGCUCUUUUGGUUUUUGCUGAUCUCAAGUCUUGUAGUACUUGAGUUAAAGUUUGUUGGAAGCUAGCAAGGACUAGGGAGAAAUAAUUGAGGUCAGGAACUGAGAGAGCUAGUUAAGUGAAUUGUACAAAACAAAUAUAAUAAUGUCAAUGAGGGAUUGGAAGGGAUGGAAGGAUCACGUUCUUGGGAAUGCUCAUUGUUCAUGCAUAUCACCCUGUCACAAGCUUAGGAGACAGAAGAACAGGUAACCUUCUUUCAAGGCUUGUCACAUUCUGUUGUCUUUUUUGGUCUCUCUUCGUUAGAGGGAGUCUCUUCUAGUUUAUUCAAAGGCAACUUUUUUUAUGUCUUUGUUUUAUUAAUGCACAGAUUGAUUUGAGAGAUGUCUCUUGGUUUGGUUAGGUUGUGUUUUUAUCUUCUUGUGGGAUUAAGGAGAAAGGCAAUGUUUCAAGCCCUGGGCUUGAAAACCAAAAACACAUGAUAAGAUGCCUUUGAACUUUUUCUGA